AUCAAAAGAAUCUCUCCCAUUGGGGUAAUGCUGACCUAGGCUGCAGGACUAGGCUAAGCACAACAGCCUCAGAAGGAAUCACUUUUUUAAUGUCCCCACAUUGAGCUGCCCUUCCUUCUCCCCACAGAACUGAGCCCAGUGGAGCAGAGUUUCCAGAACUUGGCAAGGCUGAUCCGAGCAGUCUCCCAUUGAGGGAGAUGCCCACAAGCCUAUAGGAAGUGGGCAGGUCUGUCCAUAAAGUGUCCAGCCAUGUGCUAUGAAAACUAGAGACAUUUAAUGAAGAAGAUGCAAGAUACAAGAAACACUGAACAUAGGACAAUGAUGCCUCAGUCCCCUUCAAAGCAGGAAUCUUGGAGCCUCACACAGUUCUCCCAGUCACCAUCAGCUGCCUGUCAUAUUUGCCUGAAUCUCAUCAAAGAUAACUGCUAAAAUACCAAGCACAGCAGUUACUAGACCUGUAGCUACUGGAUAUGGGUCCAAAACAUCCCUGGCAUCAUCAAUGGGAGGAAGACCAGUGACAGGGGUUAUCCAGGAUGGAGUUACUAGACCCAUGACAGCAGUGAGAGCAGCAGGUUUUACGAAAGCAGCUUUGAGAGGGUCUGCAUUUGAUCCCCUUGGUCAGUCAAGGGGCCCUGCUCCUCCUUUGGAAGCCAAAAAUGAAGAUAGUCCAGAAGAAAAGAUUAGACAAUUAGAGAAGAAAGUAAAUGAAUUGGUAGAAGAAAGCUGUAUUGCCAACAGUUGUGGAGACUUAAAACUGGCAUUAGAAAAAGCGAAAGAUGCAGGAAGAAAAGAGAGAGUGUUGGUGAGGCAACGUGAACAAGUGACAACUCCAGAAAACAUCAAUCUGGAUUUAACUUACUCAGUUCUUUUCAACUUGGCCAGUCAGUAUUCAGCUAAUGAAAUGUAUGCUGAAGCACUAAACACAUAUCAAGUUAUAGUAAAGAAUAAGAUGUUUACCAAUGCAGGAAGAUUGAAAGUGAAUAUGGGAAAUAUUUAUUUAAAGCAAAGAAAUUAUUCCAAAGCCAUUAAAUUUUACCGGAUGGCAUUAGAUCAAAUUCCAAGUGUACAUAAAGAAAUGAGGAUUAAAAUUAUGCAGAACAUUGGAGUUGCAUUUAUUAAAACUGGCCAGUACUCUGAUGCCAUUAAUUCAUUUGAGCACAUAAUGAGCAUGGCACCAAACCUGAAGGCCGGCUUCAACCUCAUUCUCAGUUACUUUGCUGUUGGAGAUCGAGAGAAAAUGAAGAAGGCUUUCCAAAAACUGAUUGCUGUUCCAUUAGAAAUUGAUGAAGAUGAUAAAUACAUUUCGCCAAGUGAUGAUCCACAUACUAAUUUAGUGAUUGAAGCUAUAAAAAAUGAUCACCUAAGACAAAUGGAACGUGAAAGAAAAGCCAUGGCAGAAAAAUACAUCAUGACAGCUGCAAAACUCAUUGCUCCUGUAAUUGAAACAUCUUUUGCUGUAGGAUAUGAUUGGUGUGUGGAAGUUGUGAAAGCUUCUCAAUACAUAGAGCUAGCAAAUGAUCUGGAAAUAAACAAAGCUAUUACGUACUUGAGACAGAAGGACUUUAACCAAGCUGUAGAGACCUUAAAAAUGUUUGAAAAAAAAGACAGUCGAGUGAAAAGUGCAGCUGCAACGAACCUCUCAUUUCUGUAUUAUUUGGAAAAUGAAUUUGCACAAGCCAGCAUCUAUGCAGAUUUGGCUGUGAGUUCUGAUAGAUAUAAUCCAUGUGCUCUUACUAACAAAGGCAAUACAGUGUUUGUGAAUGGUGAUUAUGAGAAGGCAGCUGAAUUCUAUAAAGAGGCUCUAAGAAAUGAUUCUUCUUGUACCGAAGCACUUUAUAAUAUUGGCCUUACCUAUAAGAAGCUAAACCGGCUUGACGAGGCUUUGGACUGUUUCCUGAAACUUCAUGCAAUCCUGAGAAACAGUGCCCAAGUUCUGUACCAGAUAGCCAAUAUAUAUGAAUUAAUGGAAGAUCCCAAUCAAGCUAUUGAAUGGUUAAUGCAGCUGAUCAGUGUUGUUCCAACUGAUUCUAGAGCUCUGUCUAAACUAGGAGAAUUACAUGAUAGUGAAGGAGAUAAGUCCCAAGCAUUUCAAUACUACUAUGAGUCAUACAGGUACUUCCCUUCUAAUAUUGAAGUCAUUGAGUGGCUUGGAGCCUAUUACAUUGACACCCAAUUUUGUGAAAAAGCCAUUCAGUACUUUGAAAGAGCUGCUCUUAUACAGCCCACCCAGGUGAAAUGGCAGCUGAUGGUAGCUAGUUGUUUCAGAAGAAGUGGUAACUACCAAAAAGCAUUAGAUACUUAUAAAGAUAUUCACAGAAAAUUUCCAGAAAAUGUUGAAUGUCUGCGUUUCUUGGUUCGUCUCUGCACAGAUAUUGGAUUAAAAGAAGUUCAAGAAUAUGCAACAAAACUUAAGAGAUUGGAAAAAAUGAAAGAAAUAAAGGAACAGCGCAUAAAGUCUGGCAGAGAUGGCAGCGGAGGUUCCCGUGGCAAGAAAGAAAGUAGUGCUGGCAGUGAUGCCUCAUAUGUGGACCCACUUGGCCCUCAAGUAGAAAGACCAAAGACUGCGGCCAAGAAAAGAGUUGAGGAGGAUGAUUUUGCUGAUGAAGAGUUAGGAGACGAUUUACUUCCAGAAUAAUAUGCACAUUAUAUGUUAUUUAUUAAAGGGAAGAAAUUGCCUUGCAAGAUAAUACUAAUGUUAAA